AUGACGAAGGCUGUCGAAAAUGUCCUCACACAAUUUAAGGAGAGGUUUGGCAGAUACCCAAAAACGGCUCAAUUCAACGAUGGAAAGGAAUUUUACAAUGUAGGAGUAAAGACGUUGCUAAAGGAUCAUGAUGUCCACUACUUUUCCACAAGAACCUUCCGGAUAGCCGCACUUGUUGAGAGAUUCAAUAGGACCCUUAAAACAAGAAUUUGGAAAUACUUUACGGAAAAUAGGACGAAAGUUUGGGUGGACAUCUUACCUGCUCUCGUCAGAUCCUAUAAUAGUACCACAUACAGGACAAUAGGGAUGAGACCGGCGGAUGCGAAUGAGAAAAAUAAGGAGGAAGUUUGGACAAGGAUCUGUGGGUACCCACUGGACAGUUUUCCAAAACCUAAAUUUAAGGUUGGGGUUCAUGUUAGGGAGGAAAUAAAGCACAAAACCUUCGAAAAGGGAUACGAACCCACUUUAGACAACGAACUGUAUGUCGUCACGGCAGUAUUUAUGGGAAAUCCCAACAUGGGGAGGAUAUCUUAG